AUGCGUUACGUCGCCUCCUAUCUCCUGGCCGCCCUUGGGGGCAAUUCCUCCCCCAGCGCCAAGGACAUCAAGAAGAUCCUGGACAGCGUGGGCAUCGAGGCCGACGACGACCGGCUCAACAAGGUCAUCAGUGAGCUAAGUGGGAAGAACAUUGAAGACGUCAUUGCCCAGGAGGAGAAGAAAGAAGAGAAGAAGGAGGAGUCUGAGGAAUCGGAUGAUGACAUGGGCUUUGGCUUGUUCGACUGA